AUGUCAGACGUUGCGGCCCUCGAGGCGGAGGUGAAGGAAUUCAAACACCAGCUUGAAACCGUCCAAGCAAGCUUGCAGGUAGACCCCGAUAAUGAGGAACUGCAAAGUCUUCAAACUGAACUCGAAGAAUUCAUAACCCUCACCGAAACCUCCAUCGCCGAGCUCAAGCCAGCCGCGCCCGCCGCCAAACCCGCGCCGGCACGCACCACUUCCUCAGGCAAAGAGGAAUCGGCUACCCCCCAGCCGCCAGUCGACACCCGUCGUGAGGCUCCUCCGCCGCCUCCUCCCUCCUUCGCCGUCAAUGACGACGUCCUCGCUCGCUGGAAGUCUGGAGAUGGCUCCUUCUAUCCCGCCCGCAUCACCUCCGUCACCGGCUCUGCGAGCAACCCGGUCUACCUCGUUUCGUUUAAGGCCUACGCGACCGUCGAGAAUCUGACGUCCAGGGAUAUCCGACCUGUACAUGCCAGUGACAAUCGCAAGCGCAAGGCUGAUGGAACCCCAGGAAGUUCGGCGUCGCCCUCGCCCGCGCCAUCCAACGUCAUCUCGGCUGCAGCCGAUAUCAAUCCGGCGCUGGCCAGCCAGGCCCGGGCGGAACCCACCAAGGCGACCGAAGCGUCGGCCCGUCCGGCCAAGCAGCAGCGGAAGGUCAAGGCCAACCGUGAACUCGAGGAGGGCAAGAAUAAGUGGCAGGACUUUGCCACCAAGAGCAAGGGCAAGGUCAAGGGCAAGUUUGGCAAGAAGGAGAGCAUGUUCCGCACGGGUGAUAGCUUCAAUGCUCGCGUCGGAUUCGUGGGCUCUGGACAGCAGAUGCGCAAGGACCCCACUCGCACACGCCACACCUAUCAGCAGACUGAUGAUGAUGGUUACUAA